AUGGCCAACAACAACCAGAACCGUGAGUCUACACCAACACAAUCGCACAACAUUGUCAACCAUACUCACAUAUCAAAAUUAGCCGGUCUCCUCGGCGGCCUCGGUGACACACUCGGCAAGACAGUCGGCGGCGUAACAAACACUGUGGGCAGCACAGUCGGCGGCCUAGGCUCAACAGUCGGCAACGCGACAUCCGGUGUCGGCCAAACAGUCUCGGGCGCCACCGAAGGGGUGGGAAACACUGCGAAGGGAGCUGGUGAGGGAAUCCAAAAUGGAAUGUCCAGCGUCGGAGGCAAGAAGCAGACUGCUGAGAAUCCUCUCGGUUUGAACGAGUGA